AUGAUAUUUGACCCAUUUCUGGCGUUGUUUCCGUCACUGGCCGAUCAACCGGACGUUAUGGAUCAGUUGCGAUCCCUUUGGAAUGUUAAACUGAAAGUGAUGAGAAAUAAGCCCGAAUCGGAACAAGCUGCAUCGUUUUUCCAGUUAUUCAUGAAUACUGCAUACUGCGUACAUAACACUGCCCUCAUGCCACCAUAUCGAAUUUGGGACAUGAAAACACUAGAAAUUCGUCAUCAGUUGUUGAAAAAAUGUGAAGAUAUGCUACGUGAAUAUCGAACGUCAACACGUUUUCUUCUCACCGAACCCUGCCUUCCACUAAACGUUUAUGAUUACUCAUUCGAUCUUCUCGGACGUCAUGCACUGGACUGA